AUGAGCCAUCAUAUUUUUACUGUGUUUAUUCAAUUAACUCAUUUAAUAUUUUAUGAGUCAUCAUAUGAACAUACUGUUCGAUUGUUAUUUUAUAUUCCAUCUCGCCGAAUCUCUUCAUCAACUCUUUUGGUAUUAAGAAUCAGCGUUCAAUGCUUUCAUCACUGCCUUUUUAUUCUCGAUGGUCGUUUCAAUCAGCUUCACACACUCCAUAUUCACUUGGCUAAUCUUGGUCCUCCAGAAGCAAUUAUUAAAAGUCAAGCGGAAAUCCCAAAUCUCAAGUGUUUCGUUCUAUCGUGUGUUUUGCCAACGUACGAUUGCGAUUCAUUAAUUCCACCGCUUGUUCAUCGAAUGUCGAAUUUAGAAAAACUCGGCUUACAUCUUACAAUCCAUGUUAAUGCAACAUUUAUUGAUGGAAACAAUCUGAAGAAAUAUAUUCUUAAUCAUAUGCCAAAAUUAAACAUAUUUUCAUUUGAUCUUCAUUCCAUUGCAUCGAUUAAUAAUCUAAUACGUUUACCAUUAAAAGAAGAUAUUCAACAAGCAUUUAGAAAUUUUCCAUGUACACAAAUAACAACUCGUAUUGAUUAUUUUCUAGAAGAAAACUGGGGUCAGUAUCACACUUAUUCAUAUCCAUUCCUGAUGCAAUAUUACAAAGAUAUAACAAACAAUUUUCCAGGCGGAUUAUAUCAAUAA